AUGGAAGAAAAUGGCUACAAACUUAAGAAAAUCAGAGAACAUCUUACAGAACCAAAACUUAUAUCAACUAUUAACACAGCGUAUGAAAAACUAAACAGUGUUGCUUGUCUCAGUGAUGAAGCAAUUUGGACAACUGCCCGUGACUCCAGUUCCAGAGAGAAACAAUCAAUUCAGUUUGAUAAUGAGUGCCAACCUCUUUAUUCAGAAAAUGACAAAAUCAAGUACAUUACUGAGAAUAGAAACCUGGAUAUUUGUGUGGCUGAUUCUGGGGAUCGUGCUAUAAUAGUCGUCACCGAAAUUGGAAAAUUCCGAUUUAGAUACACUGGACAUCCUUCUACUAAAGGUAAACCAUUUAAACCUUACGGGAUAGCAUCCGACAGUCAGAGUCAGAUCCUGACAGCAGACAGUGAUAACCACUGUAUCCACAUCCUAGACCAGGGUGGACAGUUCCUCAGUUUUAUAGAAAACUGUAAUCUGAAAGAUCCAUAUGGAUUAUGUGUGGAUAAAAAUGACGAUCUUUUUGUUGCUGAGUUUUAUAGUGGUAAAGUUAAGAGAAUACAAUACCUCACAUAA